UCCCCAUGCUGAGAACUGUGUGAAGCUGGGAUCAAGGACGCUGCAGCCCCUGAGUGUCUAGGAGAUGAGGAGCAGGAGCAAUUCUGGGGUCCGAUUGGACGGGUACGCAAGGCUGGUGCAGCAAACCAUCCUGUGUUACCAGAAUCCCAUCACAGGGCUGUUAUCAGCCAGCCAUGACCAAAAGGAUGCCUGGGUGCGAGACAACAUUUACAGUAUCCUGGCUGUAUGGGGUCUAGGAAUGGCCUACCGCAAGAAUGCUGACCGUGAUGAGGACAAAGCCAAGGCCUACGAGUUGGAACAGAACGUGGUGAAGCUAAUGCGAGGUCUUCUCCAAUGCAUGAUGAGACAGGUGGACAAAGUGGAGAAGUUCAAGCACACACAGAGUACCAAAGACAGCCUGCAUGCCAAGUAUAACACUGCUACCUGUAGCACUGUGGUGGGCGAUGACCAAUGGGGCCACCUCCAGGUGGAUGCCACCUCGCUCUUCCUCUUAUUCUUGGCCCAAAUGACUGCCUCAGGCUUACGUAUUAUUUUCACCCUUGAUGAGGUGGCCUUCAUACAGAAUCUUGUCUUUUAUAUAGAAGCUGCAUAUAAAGUCGCUGAUUAUGGAAUGUGGGAGCGUGGAGAUAAGACGAACCAGGGCAUUCCAGAAUUGAAUGCAAGCUCUGUGGGAAUGGCCAAGGCAGCACUUGAAGCAAUUGAUGAGCUGGAUCUUUUUGGAGCCCAUGGUGGACGCAAGUCAGUGAUCCACGUGCUACCUGAUGAAGUCGAGCACUGCCAGUCUAUCCUGUUCUCCAUGUUGCCAAGAGCAUCAACAUCUAAAGAAAUUGAUGCUGGACUUCUUUCCAUUAUUUCUUUCCCGGCUUUUGCAGUGGAAGAUGUGAACCUUGUGAAUGUGACCAAAAAUGAAAUUAUUUCUAAGCUCCAGGGGCGUUAUGGAUGCUGUCGCUUCCUUCGAGAUGGUUACAAAACUCCAAGAGAGGACCCAAACAGGUUACAUUAUGACCCUGCCGAACUCAAGCUCUUUGAAAACAUCGAAUGUGAGUGGCCUGUGUUCUGGACUUAUUUCAUCCUAGAUGGAGUGUUUAAUGGUGACAUUGUUCAGGUCCAAGAGUACCGGGAGGCCCUUGAUGGAAUAUUAAUCAGAGGCAAGGAUGGGAUCCACUUGGUACCAGAACUCUAUGCCAUCCCUCCUGACAAGGUGGAUGAAGAAUACAAGAAUCCACACACAGUGGACCGAAUCCCACUGGGGAAGCUCCCCCAUCUUUGGGGACAGUCCUUGUACAUCCUCAGCUCACUAUUAGCCGAGGGAUUCCUUGCCACUGGUGAAAUUGAUCCCUUAAAUAGAAGAUUUUCCACUGCUGUCAAACCUGAUGUUGUUGUACAAGUCACUGUUUUGGCAGAAAAUGAUCACAUUAAGGAGCUGUUGAAGAAACAUGGAGUCAGUGUCCAGAGCUUUGCAGAUAUUCAUCCAAUUCGAGUGCAGCCAGGCCGGAUUCUUAGUCACAUAUAUGCGAAGCUUGGACGGAAUAGGAAUAUGAAAUUGAGUGGGCGACCAUAUCGGCACAUUGGUGUUCUUGGAACUUCUAAACUCUAUGUGAUUAGGAACCAGAUCUUUACUUUUACACCCCAGUUCACCGACCAGCAUCACUUCUACCUGGCACUGGACAAUGAGAUGAUCGUGGAGAUGCUGAGGAUCGAGCUGGCCUACCUGUGCACCUGCUGGCGGAUGACAGGCAGACCUACGCUCACCUUCCCCGUCACACACACCAUGCUCACAAAUGAUGGCUCGGACAUUCAUUCUGCAGUUCUUUCUACAAUUAGAAAACUGGAGGAUGGAUAUUUUGGAGGAGCUAGAGUAAAACUGGGGAACCUGUCAGAAUUUCUCACCACAUCAUUCUACACGUAUCUAACCUUCCUGGAUCCAGGCUGCGAUGAGAAGUUGUUUGAUGACACCAGCGAAGGGAGCUUCAGUCCUGAUAGUGACUCAGAGCCCGGAGGAUAUUUGGAAGGCACCAGUAAUCAAGAAAACCUCGAUGAACUUGAUCAGUAUAUCAACCACCUUCUGCAAAACACAUCGUUGAGGUGCUAUCUGCCCCCUCUGUGUAAGAAGACAGAAGACGGCCAUAUUUUCAGUGCCAUCCACUCCACUCGGGACAUACUUUCUGUGAUGGCAAAAGCAAAGGGUUUGGAAACAUCAUUCCUUCCUAUGAUUUUGCCAACCAAGGUUCUAAGUGUCCAUCGUAAAUCUCUGAAUCUUGUUGACUGUCCUCAGCCACUGCUGAAAAAGGCUCCUGAAGGUGACUUGCAGUGGCCCAGAGAUGACCAUGGUGACAUGGACUGUGAGAAGCUGGUUGAGCAGCUGAAAGAUUGCUCAAAUCUCCAGGACCAAGCAGAUAUCCUCUACAUUCUCUAUGUUGUAAAGGGUCCCAAUUGGGACACAAAUCUCUCUGGACAGCAUGGGGUCACUGUUCACAAUCUCCUCAGCGAGCUCUAUAGCAAAGCUGGCCUGAACCAGGAAUGGGGUUUGAUUCGCUACAUCUCGGGCCUGCUCAGGAAGAAAGUAGAAGUCCUGGCUGAGGCCUGUGCAGACCUGCUGUCCCACCAGAAGCAGCUCACAGUGGGCCUGCCACCUGAGCCCCGUGAGAAGACCAUCUCUGCGCCUCUGCCCCCAGAGGAACUCACCAAACUCAUCUACGAAGCCAGUGGGCAGGACAUCAGUAUCGCUGUCCUCACACAGGAGAUUGUGGUUUACCUGGCCAUGUAUGUUCGGGCUCAGCCCAGCCUCUUUGUGGAGAUGCUCAGGCUCCGGAUUGGACUGAUCAUUCAAGUGAUGGCCACCGAGCUGGCGAGGAGCCUGAACUGCUCAGGAGAAGAAGCUUCCGAGAGUUUGAUGAACCUCAGCCCCUUUGACAUGAAGAAUCUCCUGCAUCAUAUUCUGAGUGGAAAAGAGUUCGGGGUAGAAAGAAGCGUGCGCCCCAUCCACUCCUCUGCAUCCAGCCCCGCCAUCUCCAUCCAUGAGGUGGACCAUACUGGAGUCACCAAAACUGAGAGGAGUGGCAUUACCAGAUUGAGGAGUGACAUGAAACAGAUGACCAGGAGAGUGAGUGCUGAUGAACAGUUCUUUUCUGUGGGCCAGACUGUGUCGAGCAGCGUGCAUUCCUCCAAGUCUGCGAGGUCCAGCUCCCCAUCCUCACCCACAGGCACAUCGUCAUCAGACUCCGGAGGACAUCACAUCAACUGGGUGGAGCAGCAGGGCCAGUGGCUGCGCAGGAGAAGGCUGGAUGGCGCCAUCAACAGGGUCCCGGUGGGAUUCUACCAGAAGGUGUGGAAGAUCCUGCAGAAGUGCCACGGCCUCUCCAUCGACGGCUAUGUCCUGCCGUCCUCCACCACCCGAGAGAUGACCCCACAUGAGAUCAAGUUUGCUGUCCACGUGGAAUCAGUGCUGAACCAUGUGUCCCAGCCUGAGUAUCGGCAACUGCUGGUGGAAGCUAUCAUGGUACUAACUCUACUCUCUGACACCGAGAUCGACAGCAUUGGAGGCAUUAUCCACGUGGACCAGAUUGUGCAUCUGGCCAAUCAGCUGUUCCUGCAGGACCAGGUAUCCAUUGGAGCUACCGAUACUCUGGAGAAAGACGAAGCCACAGGAAUUUGUCAUUUCUUUUAUGACAGUGCUCCAAGUGGAGCUUAUGGGACAAUGAGUUACCUGACCAAAGCAGUGGCUUCUCAUUUGCAGGAAUUCCUGCCCAACUCAGGCUGCCAGAUACAAUAGAGCCAUGCUGCUAAAUGGUCCACCCUCUCACUCUGGAACUAUCCUGCUAGCCUCAUUGGGAGCUCCCUUCCCCACCAGGUCCCGUGUGUCAUCGCAUGUUUCACCACAAAUACACGCAAGGAUAUGGGAGCACUCAACUUGAAUCCAAUGUAUAUUCAUGCCCAAACAUGGCUGGCCAAUCCCCUCCCUUCCACAAGCAGCACCCUGAGAUCAAUGUCUAGGUUCAUUUCUCAGGGAUAUUUGUCCCAGUGUUUGGAAUUGGAAAUAGCUCUCCCUAUGUGAACUGAGAAGCUCACUCAAAUUGGCUCUUUGAGUUUCAGAAAUAGGUUGGAUGAGCUAGUGACACAUCUUGACUCUGGAUAUUUUCCAGUGGCAGUAGCGGGGCAAGCUGACCUGGAUGAGGGCACAUUUAAUAGGUGCUGUUUGUCUUGGGAACAAACUGUUUAUACCAGAAAGAGCAAUUGUUUCCUGUGGAGUCUUGGCUAUUUUGUGUGAUGCUUUCUUCCUUAGCCUCUCAUUUUAUUGGUGUUAGAAUGACUGCCUCCUUGGAUGGUAAUUGUCUGUUGGCAGAUGGAUACAAUUGCUCAUAGUUAACUUGGACUCCUGGUGUUGCAGGAUUAUAUCUUGGAUGUCCAGGAAGUACAAGGGCUUCUCCAAUCCACUCUUCCAGAAUCUAGGGAAGUUGAGGAUCUGACUUCUCUUAGGCAGGUAAACUGUGGCUUUGGAGAAGAAGGGAAGUCCCCUGAGGCCCCUCUCCAGCUCCAUGCUCUGGGGCAGCAUCACUUGGUGAGUCAGGAGAUGACUCAGAAGAGUCAGUAGAUGUCAUGGAAAUUAGUGGUGUGCUCCUACAAAAACAAUGCUUCCCUCUCAAAAACAGAACGAGCCUGGGAAAUUGAACCCAUUUUACAGAGCAUGCUCAGGCACUGAUCAUAGAGAAGUCUGGGGCUUUUGUGAGUGCCUUGAUGAAUGGAGUUUCUCUCCAGGUAUUUUCCUCACGUGGCAGGGAAGGAACAACAGGAGAAACACUUUCUAUAAAUAAAUAAUAAACUUUGACCUGGUG